AUGGCUUCCCUCCAGUUCACCGAGCCUGCCGGCACAACCAUUCCAUCAGCACAACCAACCAUCGCAACCCGCUCAAGAUCAGGACUUUGUUCUGUUCGAGACUCCGUCUGCUCGCAGUACCCCUAGUCUGUCCAACCAACACGCCCUUAUCGGCCACAGUCGUCGUCACUCUGCCAAUUUAGCAUCUUCUCUGCAGAAUCAGAGAGUCGCCGCGAUUAUUCAAUCUACAGGACAUUCCAUCUCUACUUCGAAUCUUACAAAUCGGUUUUCUCCUGCGCAGAAUCACAACUUCUACGCAUCUUCAGCACCCAACUCGUCCGCCUCUCUGCAGAGCCAGCAACGCCCGACUCGACCUCCAGUCCCGCUGUUCUCACAAUCAACUGGCAACAUCCCGCAAACUACAAACAUGGCUAUGCAAGGUAUUUAUUAUUCACGUCCCGUUUCUGCGAACUUCCGUGACUCACAAUCAUACCCAGACAUGGAUCUCUUUGACGAAUUCACUGCCUUCGAGGGUGGCGCUUCGACCCAAGGUCAUAACUUCAACUCGGCUUACUCUUCGCCUGCCGUUCCAACGAUCUACGAUCCAACUAUGAACCUGUCAUCCUCGAGCUCCACCAACAUGGGCACUGUCUCACCUCAAGAUCUUGUUGUUCGCGAUUCUUUCGCAUCUGCUCCCAACUCUACUGCUUUUACCAACUUGACUUCGCCAUCGACCUACAAUGACUCUCCCGAUUACAAUGAGAACUUUGAGGUUUCCCCAUUCGUCGCAGAUGACAAACACGUAGUUAUGGGCGAUGCGUGGUAUCCUCUCUUUCCUCAAGACAACAACGACAACCAAUCCAAGGUACCUGAAUCACCACUUCUGCCUGCGGAGGAACUUCAAGUUGCGGAGCAUCUUCGAUCGAACUUGACUGGUCGCCCAAGAUCGGGCACUGGAUCUUCUCCUAUUGGAGCGCACUCUGCGAUCUCUGGAGUCAACGCUCGCAAGCAAAACAAGCCUCUUCCUCCCAUUGUUGUCGACGAUCCAAACGAUACUGUCGCCAUGAAGCGUGCUCGUAACACUCUUGCUGCUCGUAAAUCCCGACAACGUAAGAACCAGAAAAUUGAGGACAUGGAGGACGAAAUCGCCAAAAUCACAGCGGAACGUGAUCAUUGGAAGGCUAUUGCUUUGCGACGAAACCCACAAAUGACAGGCUGAAUCAAUCUUGAUAAGCCGCCGGCAACUCAUGGAUUGGGGGGAAGAAUUUGAGAUUCUUUCGCCUUAGGAGGCUAUGGUAGCAGCUGCAUGCAAAGGGGCUCAGCAAUGACGCUAUAGACCGAGGAUCUCUUAAUCAAAAUUCGUUUCUUUUGUUAAUUCUCCUUGCCAGUCACGAUACUUUUCAGCGGUGGAUUUGAUAGCAUGUGGUUUCAAAGCCUUGAUUGCUUUCAACCAUCCUUUUCACCCUAGCUCACUUUGAGUUCUUUGGGCUUGUUGUACUUUUGUCUUUGGCUUGGCUGGCUUUAUUUCCUUCUUUUCCUUGGCUUCCAUGUGUUUUCUAGGUGUCUCCCCUCUUCUUUGGGAUGGUGACCCAGAUUACUCAACUCACAUUCUGUUUCUGUUUUCUUUCCUUCUUAACCUUCGAUUCAAUAAUUCUACAACGUGCU